AGUCUUUACACUUUACAGUUUACAAGCCUAAAAGAGCAAAUGCGAUUUUCCAGAAAUUUCCUUCUUAAAUAAUAACAAAUGUUUUUUAUGUAUUUACAUUAGUUUAAUUUGCUUUUAAUGAGCAUUAGAUAUGUAGAGUAUUGUACGAUCUCUCUAUUAAAACUAUACAAUUAAAGAACAAGCCACAGUUAUCAUGUAUAGUAUAACUUCUGUAACCAAAAAAUAUCUAUAUCGUUUUCAUUUAAUUAAUCGUUUUUAUUCCGAUGAAACAACACUAUUAAAAAAAUCGGUAUUCUUGCCUGCAACCAAAUUUAAAAAUCGGUUGAAUGCAGAUCAAACUAUUCAAAGAGAUAGCCAUAUUUUUAAGACAUGUGGUUUUUCUGAACUAUAUUCUUGGCAAAGGCAACAUAUAAACAAUGAAGAAUAUAUUUUACAUGAUGGACCACCGUAUGCAAAUGGCACGGCACAUAUGGGUCAUGCAAUAAAUAAAAUACUUAAAGAUAUUACUAUACGUUAUAAACUUGUAAAUGGAAAUAAAAUAAAUUAUAUACCAGGAUGGGAUUGUCAUGGUUUACCCAUCGAGUUAAAAGCUGAAAAAAUUUAUGGAAAUAAAUGGAAAAACUUUGGUCCAUUAGAAGUACGAAGAAGUGCUAGAAAAUAUGCUUUAAAAGAAAUAGAAAAACAAAAAACUGUUUUUAAGUCAUGGGGUAUACUUGCUGAUUGGGAAAACAAUUGUUAUUAUACCUAUGAUAAAAAGUAUGUUCUAAAGCAAAUUCAACAAUUCUUUAAGCUAUAUAAAAAAGGAUUAAUUUAUAGAGAUCUCAAACCAGUUUACUGGUCACCUUCGUCCAAAAGUGCACUUGCUGAAGCAGAACUGGAGUAUAACCCUAAUCAUCAAAGUAAAUCAGUCACUGUAAAACUUGAGCUAUGUCCAUCUACUAUUUCAAUAGAUUUAAUCAAUAAUAACAGUGAACCAAUUUAUGCACUUAUUUGGACUACUACUCCAUGGACAUUACCAGGAAAUAUUGCUGUUGUUUAUUCACCUAGUUUAUUAUACUCUUUUAUAAAAAUUCAUGAUACUCUUGGUAUUUAUUUGCUAGCAACUGAUUUAGUAAACAAUUUAAGUACCAAAAUAAAAAAAUCUAUUGAAAUAAUCACAACUGUUAAAGGUCAACAUCUCAGUGGUUUAAAAUACAAAAGCUUAAGGUAUGGCGAAAGUGAUAAAACAUUUUUGGCUGGUGAUCAUGUGACCACAGACAAAGGCACAGGAUUAGUUCAUACAGCACCGGCAUAUGGACAUGAAGAUUUUUUAAUUGCAUUAAAACAUAAAAUACCCAUUGAAUGUCAUGUGGAUGAGCAUGGUAUUUUUAUGCCACAAACAUGGUCAGAACUUAUAGGUUUACCCGUUUUAGGUGUUGGAAAUGAAACUGUAUGCUCAUUAUUAAGCGAUAAAAUAUUGCAUACAGAAAUAUAUGAACAUAGUUAUCCUUAUGAUUGGCGCACCAAAUUACCUGUGAUAGUUCGUGCCAGUAAACAAUGGUUUUUGGAUACAGCUGCAAUUAAAAACCAAUCAAUUGAAUGUUUGAAAGAUAUUAAAAUUUAUCCUGAAAUUGGUGGAAGUCGUAAUGCUCUUUUGGCAUUGAUUGAAAAACGUCCAUAUUGGUGUAUUUCCAGACAACGUUCAUGGGGUGUAGCCAUACCUGUGUUAUAUGACGAAUCAGAUAAUGCAAUUAUAGAUGAAAAAUUAUUAGACCAGUACCAUACACUUUUAGAAAAAACAGGGCAAGAUUUUUGGUGGAUUCAUGAUGUUCAGAAGUUGGUUUCAAACACACCUCACAGUCCAGAAAAAUUAAAAAAAGGACUUGAUAUUCUAGAUAUCUGGUUUGAUAGUGGCAUUUCGUGGAGCUGUGUAUUAGGCGAUAACAAAAUUGCUGAUUUGUACAUGGAAGGUGUUGAUCAAUGCACUGGUUGGUUUCAGGCAUCUCUUAUGUCAUCAAUUGCCCUUAGAAAUGUUUCACCAUUUAAGUCUUUGUUUGUACAUGGUUUUGUUGUGGAUAAGAACGGUAGAAAAAUGUCUAAAUCUAUCGGGAACGUAAUUGAUCCUCAAGACAUAGUAAAUGGAAAUUAUGAUAAAUUAAUUAAUGGAAUUGACAUACUCAGAUGGUGGGUUGCUAAACACGGAUCACAUCAAACAAACAUUCCAGUUACGAAAGAAACCAUGAACCAUAGCAAACAAUCAAUUGAUAAGCUUCGCCUUAUUAUACGUUUUUUACUUGGUUCACUUAAUAAUAUCAAAGAUAAUAAUUUUAUGCAUGGUAUAAAUUAUCUAAAAUAUUUAGAUAAAUAUAUGAUGUUGGAACUCAAAUCAUUUGAAAAUGAAAUAUAUGAACUGUAUAAUACAUUUCAAUAUAAUAAAGUAUGUGCUAAAAUAUUACACUUUAUCACAAAUCAAGUUUCUGGAUUAUAUGUACAUCACAUAAAAGAUAGGCUCUAUUGUGAUUCUAUAGAAUCAGAUGACCGACUUGCAUGUACGGCAACAUUACAAGCUAUAUUAGAAAUUCUUCUCAAGAAUAUAGCACCAAUUUUACCUCAUUUAGCUGAAGAAGCAUUUUCUUACUAUCCUCUUAAAAGAAACACUACAUUUUUUAAAUCGUCCAUUGUGAAUUUAAAUCAAAUAGUGAUUCCAGACUCAGAACACGUAAUAUCAAUCAUGGAAAAUGCUUUAAUGGUUAAAAAUAAAUUAUCCAAUUUAUUACAAGGAAAAAAUUCACUUGAACAAUCGCUAGUUAUUGCAUCACCUAACAAGACAUUCAAUUUAUUAAAAAUUUUGCAUCCCAAAAACAAUGCUACAAGAUCUGAAUUAAUUGAAUUACUUCAAGUAAGUUCAAUUGAUUUAGUUCUUAAUGAUACACUUGAUUUAAAAACAAGUGACACAAAGCAAAUUUUAUGCAAACGAUGCCGUAGAUGGUCAGCAGAAAAAGAAAAUAAUUUAUGUAAACGAUGUGAAAAAACAGUCAAUAUUUUUUAUUCAAAAUAGAUGAGUAGA